AAAAAGGAUCCGGUAGUGAGUGCUGGGCCUUGAGGAAGUGAGUGGAAAACUUUCACUUACUUGAAUAUUUGCAUGAAGUCCUAAAGAGCAGAACGAUUUUUCUGUGAUCCCACCGGAAUGUCUCACAAGCUCGCAUUAGCCGGUCACUAGCAACUCAGGCACACCUCAGGUCAACACCCGGCCUGCAUCCUCAAUUCUUUCCGAACAUGACAUCGUAAAGUGUAACCUCUCAAGCCAUGGCAAGAACCAGAAAGAUGCCAGCCAGGAAAGAGCCUGGCAAAAGGCCAACAGCAGCAGUAUCAAAGAAGAAGGCGGUGACAAAGGACAAACAUGCUCUGAUAGGAAGAGGAAAAGGAAAAGGAAAGGGCAAGGCAAAGGAGACGACCAAGGCCUCCUCCACCACUCUCACGCCUGCCACCAACACAUUCGCACCCGACUUCAUCGUCCGUGGUACAAUUGACAGAGCCCUCUUCACGCUCACCUGCUACCGGGGAGAAGGCAUGUGCCUCCUAGCCAUGAACUGGAAGCAAGACACCCCACCCGACAGCUUCGUUGGCUUUGCCAUUGAGUAUAUGGAGCCCGGGGCCAGUCAGUUCUAUGCCCUCCGCAAUCGUAUCGCAUUUCCAGGUGCAAGCGGGCAGCUCAAUCCGAACACCCUCUCCAGCCGCUUCUCGCCGUUCCAGAAGUUCCGCUGGACUCAUUUCCCGAUGAAUGCCAGCACCCCUGGCAAUUUCACCUAUCGUGUCACCUCAGUUUUCAUGGACCAGAAAGGCAUCAUCAGUUAUGGCGACUUUCAGGAAGUUGGCAUCGAGCUCGAAGCCGAGACUUACUCUGGAGAGCUGAACAUCUGCUUCACGCGUGGAUUUAUUUCUUCGCAGGCCUUCGUCGACAGGUUCGGGACUAACGGUGGGGUGGGCACCCUCCUCCCGGAAACCGCAAACGCAGGCAUCACCUUCAAAUCCACCGAUCCAAAAGAGGAAACCGCCCUCGCCUGGAUGGGGUUCGAAGCCCGGAGCGCCAUUCUCAAGACCCUUGAUACUGCCAUUGCCGACUCAACGGCACAGGUAUGUGUCGCUGCCUAUGAUUUCAACGACCCGGAGGUUGUCUCUCGCCUCGAGCAGCUCAAAGGGCGUCUGAAGAUCAUCAUCGACGACUCUGGAUCGCACCAACCUGCCAGCGCCUCUGAAACAAAAGCCGCAGCCAUGCUGGCCGACUCGGUCGGGGCUAACAAUAUUCAGCGCCAGCACAUGGGCGGCCUGCAACACAACAAGUUAAUAGUCGUGGACGGUGACAAGACUAAGAUCGCCAUUGGCGGAUCGACUAAUUUCUCUUGGCGGGGUCUCUAUGUCCAAAAUAACAAUGCAGUCGUCGUCCAGGGAGCAAAUGUAGUCAAAAUCUUUAGUGACGCUUUUAACAGUCUCUGGGCAAGCCCCGAUAGCACUCGCGGGUUCGACAAUACAGCCUCCGCGGACUGGAACAACCUUGGCUUCACCAAUGUCGAUGCUCAAGUCACCUUUUCGCCUCACAGUAUACACAACGCCAAACUACAAGAGAUCGCAAACGACAUCUCUGGCGCCGAGUCGAGCCUAUUUUACUCCCUUGCCUUUCUCUAUGAAACGAAGGGUGCAAUUCUAGAUGCCAUUACGAAAGUGACUAGUGAGGACAAUGUUUUUGUCUAUGGCCUCUCCGACAAGACUGUUGGCGGCUUGAAUAUCCAGCUUCCCAACGGCAAUCCGCCCAUCGCUUUCCCAGCUGCACUGCUAAAAGACGUACCACCACCAUUUAGCCAGGAGGCAACUGGAGGUAGCGGCACCCGUUUGCACCAUAAAUUCGUCGUCAUCGACUUCAAUAAGCCUACCGCCCGCGUGUACACGGGAUCGUAUAACUUCUCCGUCGCCGCGGAUACCAAAAAUGCCGAGAAUCUGUUCGUGAUUAGAGACCAGCGUGUUGCCACCAGCUAUAUGGUAGAGGCUGUGUCCAUGUUCGACCACUAUGUGUUUCGCGACUCGGAAGCCAAAGCUACUGCCGCUCAGCCACUCGAGUUGCGAAAGCCGCCUGCCGAUGGCUCGGGAGACAAACCGUGGUGGGACAAGUACUGGACCGACCCGCAAAAGGAACGUGACCGCGAACUAUUUGGACAGUAAUAUUCCAUUUCAUUUUGCUAUUACUGCUUGGGAAAACAUACGGAGGGGAGCAAUGGGAAUUCUCGAGGUUGUUACUCACUGGAUAGUAUGACAAACUCCGUGGACUGUGCUUGACUGUAGGUGAUAUAAAGAUGGGUUAUCUUCUACAGAAAACGUAAUUAGUAUGUUGUAAGUAAAAAGUAAGCUUGCUUCAAAAGGUAGGGGGAGGCAGAGGCACUUUCAAGUAGAAGAGAUUGAGUGUCUUCUAGCAACCUCACCCUCUUGGAUGAUGCAAAGUGUUUAAUGUUAAAGAAUUGUAUCUCGAAGCAUGCUUCAAGGCACGAGAAGCUUGAACGAGUGGGAGGGAUUUCCUCGGUGCAAGUACAGCGUAAUAUUUAUUAGAGUUCUCAAUAAAAGUUGCG